AUGCUAGGAAAGCAUGUAAUGAUGCAACCCUUGUGCAGAUCACGUCAAAUAUGGACUCUGUGGGUCGAAUACAAAUGCGGACAAGACGUACACUGAGGGGCCACCUAGCUAAGAUCUAUGCUAUGCAUUGGGGAUAUGAUUCAAGGCUACUAGUCAGUGCUUCCCAAGAUGGAAAAUUAAUUAUUUGGGAUAGCUACACAACAAAUAAGAUGCACGCUAUUCCUUUGAGGUCCUCCUGGGUGAUGACCUGUGCUUAUGCUCCCUCUGGCAACUAUGUUGCCUGUGGAGGCCUGGACAACAUCUGCUCCAUAUAUAACUUAAAAACCAGAGAGGGAAACGUGCGAGUGAGCCGAGAGUUGCCGGGCCACACAGGCUACUUGUCCUGCUGUCGUUUUUUAGAUGACAGCCAAAUUGUUACAAGUUCAGGAGAUACAACUUGUGCUUUAUGGGACAUCGAAACUGCCCAGCAGACCACCACAUUCACUGGGCAUUCUGGAGAUGUGAUGAGUCUUUCUCUGAGUCCUGACGUGAGGACUUUUGUUUCUGGUGCUUGUGAUGCUUCUUCCAAAUUGUGGGAUAUUCGAGAUGGAAUGUGUAGACAGUCUUUCACGGGACACGUCUCAGAUAUUAAUGCUGUCAGUUUUUUCCCAAAUGGAUAUGCCUUUGCCACUGGCUCUGAUGAUGCCACUUGCCGGCUUUUUGACCUUCGUGCAGACCAAGAAUUAUUGUUGUAUUCUCAUGACAAUAUCAUCUGUGGAAUCACUUCUGUAGCCUUCUCAAAAAGUGGGCGCCUCCUACUAGCUGGUUAUGAUGACUUUAAUUGUAAUGUAUGGGACACACUAAAAGGAGAUCGUGCAGGUGUCCUAGCUGGUCAUGACAACCGUGUCAGCUGCUUAGGUGUAACUGAUGAUGGCAUGGCUGUGGCUACAGGCUCUUGGGACAGUUUUCUUAGAAUCUGGAAUUAACAGUGUCAUACA